UAGGCCUACUGCAAUGUUCCUACAUUCUUGUUUCCGUAUCAGUGAUAUAUCUAGGAAUCUGUAGACGUUUCGCCAACUAGUGGCUUUAUCAGAACAAUACUGUCUUCUGUUGUUGUCUCUGUAUUAUAGUUAUAAAGCCACUAGUUGGCGAAACAUUUACAAAUGAUGAUACACAAGUGUUUCUUAUGGUGUUGUUUUAGAUAUAAAGUAUGAGGCAAAAUGAGUGAAUUAGUAAACACAUGAAUGGCAGCGCAGGAGCGUGUGAGGGACCUCUCACUCGGCUCAGUUUUUCCUUCACAUUUAACGUGUAACGUGACUCUUGGUUCCUGUGACUGAAGACUGGGAAAGGUGAACAUCUCCUGGGAUAGAGAAGAACUCAAGGUCGCACAGGUUUGAGAGGACUAAUCUUUGGCAAAGUAUGAAGACAAAGUAAGCACUUGUGACUGGACUACAGCAAUAUCUAGUGAGUGGGUAUUUGUUAGACCCAUUGAACCUUUGGCAAUGUACAAGAGCUAUUAUCAGAAUGAACUUGUAUGACAAUUUUUGCAGCUGAUUUCUCCAAAAUAUGAGAAUGGAAAAUAGAAAGCUACAACUCAUUUUGUUGAAGUUUUAAAUGGAGCCUUGAUAAAAUUGCUGCCAUUGAAGAAUGCAGAAUGGCUUUAAGAAACUAUCUAGCAUACUAAGAUUUCCCUUUUGGAUAACACAUUUGUGGAAUGUAAUCCUUAGUACAUCAGCAUAAUUUUCAGCCUUAUAUUGCAAUUAUCAGCAUGAUAGACUUAAAUUUUUAUUGUAGUCAAGAGAAAUUUUACUUAGUCCUUUAACUUUUGUGAAGACUGGAUCAACUGCACAUCAUUUUAGAAUGCAAAGGGAUGUGAGGAUGUUUGGGAACUCUAGAAUAUUUGAAGACUCAGGGAUGCAAGGACCCCCAGGAAUGUUGGGUAGCUCAAGGAUGUUUGGUGAUUCUAGAAUGCAGGAAAACUUCAGAUUCACGGAUGAUUCACGGAUGUCAGGAAACCAGAGACAGCAUGGCGGGUUGCAAAUGCAAGGAGAUGUGAGAAUGCAUUCCGAACCUAGAGUCCACUCUGAGCCUAGAAUGCACCCUGAGCCUAGAAUGAACCCUGAGCCUAGAAUGCACCCUGAGCCUAGGAUGCAUCCUGAACCUAGGAUGCAUCCUGAACUUAGGAUGCAUCAUGAAUCUAGAAUGCAUCCAGAACCUAGAAUGCAUCCUGAACCUAGAAUAUAUCCUGGACCAAGAUUGCAAGAGGAUUCAAAAAAACCUGAAGAUGCAAGAAUGUUUUCAGAAUAUAGGUUAGGUGGAGAGUCUAGGAGGCAAUUAUUACAAGGGAAUACAGGAAUGCUGGAAAAUUCUGUGAUUCCCAGUAGUGCCGAAAGUUAUUCAAUGUUAAGAAUGCAUGGAGAACCAGGAAUGCAUGGGGACAUGAAUGUGCCUCCAGAUUCAAGAAAUCAGGAAGACUUAAGAAUGUAUCUAGAAUCACGAAUGCAGGGACAACCACGGUCUGGUCAAGAUAAAAAUAUUUAUGACUACAAUCACAGCCAUUUAGCUGGACUUAGUCCUUCAAUGAGUGGGCCCAACUCUCAUUCUCACACAAGAAUGAAUUCUCAAGAUAACAUUGGCCAGGGUAGAAGUGGGUAUUUGUUACAACCAAAAGCCAAUGCCCCAGACUUAUCACUGAAUGAAGCAGGUGGGUUUAAUCCUUUAAAAAAGAGUGUAGAUUUCAUGUUUAAUGCUUCAAAGGACUUAAGUGCUACAAGAAAACAUAGUUCAAGUCAUAUACUUACACCUAGUUUGACACUGACAACCGGAUCACAAAGUAUGGGUGAAGUAAAUGCCUUGGGAGCUAAAGGACCACAGCAGCAGAAAAAAUGCUCAAAGGCAUUUGAUUUUCUUAGAGAAUGGAGGGUGAAGAUGAAUUUACCAUCAGAUGCAUUUAUGAUAGAGAAAGAUAUACAAGCUAAUCAGCAGCAGUUUGAUGGACCAGAUAGCUAUUCUCAUCCUCUUCCACAAAGUGAGACAUACAGUCACAAUCAAAGUAGUACUUCAGGUACAAUUAAUAAUCAAGUAGACUGGCAUUUUUCAGGCAAAUCACUUUCUGCUGGAGGUACACAUGAUAAGUCUGAAAAUAUUGGGGAGAUCAGAGGCGAUGUUCAUGUGUACUCUAAGCCACAAAUUUUCCGUGGAAGGCAAUUGCAAGGAGAUAAGAGGUUGGAUGAAUCAAUAUGGAAGUGGGAUUGUGAAAAACAAAAUAAUCAAAGCCCUGGCAGAAAAAGGCAUUCUGAUGUAUUAGAACAGUCUCAUUACUACGAACGGGAUUUUUCUUCACAGUCUGGCUCAGUGAAAGUUAAAAGAUCACAGUUUUCUCCUUCAUUUAUGCAAGAAGGUAGAGAUUAUUCAGAACAGUUUAGGGAUACACCUACAGGUUAUGGAAUGCCUCCUCAAAGUAAAACACCUGUUUGUGAUGAACAAUACAUGGAAUUUAAGGUACAGUCCACUACCAAUUAUUUUGCUCCAAAUUAUGAUUCAGGUGAUUGGAAAGUAUCUCCCCAUUUCCCCAGAAAGCAUUCUCCUGGUUCUGGAAAGUUGACAAAGUCUCCUUUUGAAAUGGCAGAUCCUAGUCAGUCUUCAAGACAAAGAUCACAUUCCACAGAGAUGAGAGGCUCUUUGCACAGAAAUAAAACACAAAAUAUGUGUUCACAACAGACAGUUAGAGAAAGAUCUCCUGAAGUGGCAGUAAGAGAGAGGUCAUCUAGACCUUUGGUUCGAGGAAGAUCUCCAGGUCCCACUCGGGGAUGGUCUCCAGGGCCACCAACAAGAGGAAGAGCUCCAAGCCCACAAAUGAAAGGACAGUCUCCAUGCCCACAAAUGAGAGGAAGAUCUCCAGGUGCAUCAUCACGAGCUAGAUCUCCAGGCUCAUUAGCAAGAGGAAGAUCACCUGGCAUAUUAGCAAGAGGAAGAUCUCCAGGUCCAUCUGUACGAGGAAGAUCCUCAGGUCCUUCAACAAGAGGAAGAUCUCCAGGUCCAGCAAGAGGAAGAGUUCAAGGUAUGCCAGCAAAAGGGAGAUCUCCAGGUCUACCAGCAAGAGGAAGGUCUCCGGGUUUCCCACCAAGAGGGAGAUCUCCAGGUCUUCAAGGAAGAGGAAGAUCUCCGGGUCUUCAAGGAAGAGGAAGAUCUCCAGGUCUCCCAGGAAGAGGAAGAUCUCCAGGUCUCCCAGCAAGAGGGAGGUCUCCGGUUCUCCCAGCAAGAGGGAGGUCUCCGGGUCUCCCAGCAAGAGGGAGGUCUCCGGGUCUCCCAGCAAGAGGGAGGUCUCCAGGUCUUCCAGCAAGAGGGAGGUCUCCGGGUCUUCCAGCAAGAGGGAGGUCUCCGGGUCUUCCAGCAAGAGGAAGGUCUCCAGGUCUCCCAGUGAGAGGGCGAUCUCCGGGUCUCUCAGCAAGAGGGCGAUCUCCAGGUCUCCCGGCAAGAGGGCGAUCUCCAGGUCUUCAAGCAAGAGGGCGAUCUCCGGGUCUUCAAGGAAGAGGGAACUCUCCGGGUCUCCAAGGAAGAGGGAACUCUCUGGGUCUCCAAGGAAGAGGGAGAUCUCCGGGUCUCCAAGGAAGAGGGAGAUCUCCGGGUCUCCAAGGAAGAGGGAGAUCUCCGGGUCUCCAAGGAAGAGGGAGAUCUCCGGGUCUCCAAGGAAGAGGGAGAUCUCCGGGUCUCCAAGGAAGAGGGAGAUCUCCGGGUCUCCAAGGAAGAGGUCUCCAAGGAAGAGGGAGAUCUCCGGGUCUCCAAGGAAGAGGGAGAUCUCCGGGUCUCCAAGGAAGAGGAAGAUCUCCGGGUCUCCAAGGAAGAGGGAGAUCUCCAGGCCUCCCAGUGAGAGGGAGAUCUCCAGGUCUCCAAGGAAGAGGGAGAUCUCCGGGUCUCCAAGGAAGAGGGAGAUCUCCGGGUCUCCAAGGAAGAGGGAGAUCUCCGGGUCUCCAAGGAAGAGGGAGAUCUCCGGGUCUCCAAGGAAGAGGGAGAUCUCCAGGUCUCCAAGGAAGAGGGAGAUCUCUGGGCCUUCAAGGAAGAGGGAGAUCUCCAAGUCUCCAAGGAAGAGGGAGAUCUCCAGGUCUCCAAGGAAGAGGGAGAUCUCCGGGUCUCCAAAGAAGGGGGAGGUCUCCAGGUCUCCAAGGAAGAGGGAGGUCUCCGGGUCUCCAAGGAAGAGGGAGGUCUCCGGGUCUCCAAGGAAGAGGGAGGUCUCCGGGUCUCCAAGGAAGAGGGAGGUCUCCGGGUCUCCAAGGAAGAGGGAGGUCUCCGGGUCUCCAAGGAAGAGGGAGGUCUCCGGGUCUCCAAGGAAGAGGGAGGUCUCCGGGUCUCCAAGGAAGAGGGAGGUCUCCGGGUCUCCAAGGAAGAGGGAGAUCUCCAGGACUCCCAGCAAGAGGGAGAUCUCCGGGACUCCCAGCAAGAGGGAGAUCCCCAAGUCACCAAGCAAAAGUAAGAUCUCCAGGUUUUUCAGCAAGAUCUCCAGGGCCACAUACAAGAGGAAGCUCUCCAGGGCCACAUACAAGAGGAAGAUCUCCAGGGCCACAUACAAGAGGAAGAUCUCCAGGGCCACAUACAAGAGGAAGAUCUCCAGUACCACAUACAAAAGGAAGGUCUCCAGGAUCACACACAAGAGGGAGAUCUCCAGAACCAUCAACUAGGAGGAGAUCCCUUGAGCCAUCUGUUAGAGGCAGUGCUUCAGGGCUUUCAAAUAGAGGAAGAUCUCCAAAACACUCAGUUAGGGGAAGAUCUCCAAGACCAGCAUCUGGAGGCAGGUCUACAGAGCUUUGUACUUCUGAGAGGAUUCAUAGACCUGUCUCUACAGGAUGUUCACCAGGUCUGUCUCAAAGAGGAAGGUCUCCAGGCACCUCUACAUGGAGAUAUCCAGGACAUCAUGUAAGGGAAAGAUCUAGGGGAACACCUCCAAUUGCAAGAUCUCCAGGACAACAUGUAAAGGAAAGAUCCAGGGGAACACCUCCAAUUGCAAGAUCUCCAGGACCAUGUCCAAGGGAAAGAUCACCAUCUUUUGAAUCUGCAAAACGCUUUGGAGCAGAGAGGAGUGAGAGAUCACCUCUCUUAGAAGAAGUUUCAUUGUCACCAAAAUCAAGUAAAUUUUGGUCUCCUGGAACAAAAGACUUAAGGUCUCAAUUGAGGAGAUCAUUGUCUGCAGGAAGUCUUCACAGAGGAUGCUCACCGGUAUCACCCCAGUCUGUGCUCGGUUAUUCAAUUGAUGAGAAACCCUUCUCUGAAAGUAAGUUUCACAGUGUGUCACCAAGGAUUUCGCAUCGCUCUCAGAAUGGCAAAUCACAACGUUCUCCUUUACAACGAGGCUGCUCCCCUGUCUCUCCUGAAAUUCAUUCAAGGUCAAAAUUGUAUCCAACACAACUAGAAGAGAGCAUCAGCCCGAACAAGGGUGUAAAGAGAAUUCCGGAAAAACAAAGGAAAGGCUCAGAAGUUCAACAGUCAGAUGAUCUUGAUACAGUAAACAUAAAAAAGUGGGAUGAGCUUGAAAUAAGCCACAAAAGUAGAGACAGUGUGAAAAGUAAUAAUACCAGAAGGGGGUGGACCAAUGAAAGAAAUAGCUUGCUUGAUUCUCAGAAUGGAAGUCAGAAGGCUUCACAAAAGGUACAGCAUUAUGAUGAUGACAAAGAUUCAGGAACUGGUAGAUCAAUGACAGACUCUAAAAGAAACACUGAAGGCACUCCAGAAACUGAUUGGAAACCAAAAACCAAAGAGGAAGAUGAUGAAGAUUUAAGAGUUCAUCUUUUACGUCUUCGAGAACAAAAGGUUGAACAAAAACUGAAGCAGUUGGAAGAAGAAAGCAUUGAAACAGAGUUUAUGCUGUGGAAACUACAGAAAAAUAAGUCAUCAAUAAAAGAUGAAAAUCAGAGUAGAAAGGAUAAGCAGUUUGGGGAUAAUGGUGCUAACUUUAAUCUUCCCGGUGGAACAGGGGUUUUAUCUCCACAUUCUCUAAAGCGUAGACGCUCUUCCUCUCCUGUUGGACACAAAGAUAGGCGUCCUCCACUGAAGCGCCCCUUCAGGAAACAGAACAGAUAUUGA